ACACAACUUCCACUUGAACACCAUUUUCUCUCUCUCUCUCUCUCUCUCUCUCUCUCUCUCUCUUUCUCUCUUUCUCUCUCUCUCGUGUGAUUCUGAUAACACAUUGCAACACCCCUCCCCAAAUCUAACCAAAACCAAACAAAAUAAACCCAAAAAACCCAAAUCAAAAUUAACCCAAAAAAGAAAAACAGAAACAGAAACUCUGAAGAAAUAGAGAGUGAAAGAGAAAAAUGUCAGCGGCAACUUCAUUCCCAUACAUCAAAAUCCCAUCUUCCUCAUCUUCACCAUCUUGUUCCUCCUCAUCACCAUCCUCCUCUGUUCCUUCCUCUUCCUCUUUUAGGCUCUCUUCAACGGCCAAGCCUUUUCUAAGAACUGUGAUUAGGAGCUCCCAAGCUGAAGGGCCCAUAAGAAGACCUGUGGCCCCUUCUCCCCUCAAGCCUACACCCCCUUCUCAGCCUCCGUCGCCAUCGCCAUCGCCGCCGCAGCCGCCUUCUUCACCCUCUGUGGCGCCGCCGAAGCCGGCCUCUUCGGUGGCCGUGGCGGGCAAGAAUGUGAUAACAUUGGAGUUUCAGAGACAGAAGGCUAAGGAGCUGCAGGAGUACUUCAAGCAGAAGAAGCUUGAGGAAGCUGAUCAGGGUCCUUUCUUUGGUUUUAUUGGGAAGAAUGAAAUCAGUAAUGGAAGAUGGGCAAUGUUUGGUUUUGCUGUUGGUUUGCUAACAGAGUAUGCAACUGGUUCAGACCUUGUUGUUCAAGUAAAGAUUCUGCUCUCGAAUUUCGGGAUAUUAGAUCUGGAAUGAUGCAUUGGCUUGAUGUUGAACUCCAAUUCCAAUUACUGCGAUUGCUUUAGUCAUUUCCAGUAUUCUCUUUUGUAACUCUGUUGAGUAAUUUGUUUAAUUUUCACUCUCUUUCUUGUCUAUCAUAAGCUGUAUCUUCACUACACUGCCAAAGUUGCAAAAAAAUACAAGAAUUAUGUUUCUUUUUUCUUUUCUUUCCUGUUUCUUGUGGUUCAGUUG